AUGCCUACACAAACUGUCCUGUCCGCUUUGGUUCAGGCCUACUCAAAUGGGGGUGCUCCCUGGAAUUGGGAUACGUGGAAAUCUAUCACCAAUGUUCACCACGGCCUCUUCCCUUCUGAUGACUCACUCCUUCCUCAUCGAUGGUCACGGAAAAACGCAACCGAUGUCCAGUCCUUCCUCAAGGAAUGUGCAGACAUUUCUUCAGAUGUUGAGAGAGACAAAUUCGUUAAAUCUUCCCAGAAUCCCGGGAGAAACUUUUUACAUCAGUGGGUCUCUUCCAACUAUGAGCGAUGGGACAUCCACAACAAGGUGGUCAGCUGUCUCAAAGAAGCUGACGUCCACCCGCUGCAUAUCAUGACCAGGGAGAACAGCCUGACGUGGCCGAAUUCUAACCUCUACCUCGGCCGCGCGCUCGAUUCCAUUGCUUGGGACUUGUUUGGUCCGGAUGCCUUUCCAGACGGUACUAAUGUUCUUCCGGCCAAAUGGAAUUUCUUGGCCUCCGCUAUUGGUUUGCGAUCAUGGGUCCGCAUCAGGGGAAAGGUGAAAUGGGAUCUCAACAGAAUAAGCCAGAUGGAAGAGGCAGCUACUCUGGCAUUUAACGAGAUCAAGGCAGAGCCUCAGCCAACCAAGGCCGCCGUUGUCAAAACGUUGCGUGCUGUUGCCAAAUGGAAGGACCUUGUUGAAAUUUAUUCGGUGACGGAAAACCAAGAGAAAGCUGAUAGCAUGGUCAGCGAUCUCAAGGAUCUCUUAGCCGCCCUGGGUGCAAAGGUUCCAAAGGAGAAGGGUACAAGGAGGAUCAAGGGUCCUAGCCAAAGGGUAUCGAAAGAGCAACUCAGUUCUAUACACAGGAUGGCAUCGGAGGAAGAUAUCUCGGAACUAACAAACCUCUGGAAUGACUAUUUUGACUCGUCGGGCGUCAGAGACGAGGUUACCCCACCAGAACCUUCUGAGCUAAGUAUCAACAUGAGGGACGUGGAUAACGGAGCUUUGGGGAUGGAAGUAGAAGCUCUGCUUACUCCAGACGAGCUGUCUGAACUCUUGGGCUUUCGAAAAGGUCUUCCAUACCUUUUUAACACCCUCCGCCAUGAUGGAGGUAUAACCCCAUGGGACAGUCCGUCCGACUUCGCCGUUAAUCCAAGCCAACCGCUCAGAAAUUCCUUUCAACCCCUUUCCUUGCACUGGCACCAGCUUGCCGGGAUUUCCUCUAUCAUCCGCAACACCUUCACCGCUGACAGAAAGAAACACACUACCAAUGGUAUGCUUAUCGCCGACGAAGUAGGACUAGGAAAAACAACCCAGUGCUUAGCCACAAUUGCAUUCCUCAAUCAGGCGAUAUUCUUGCGGGAGAAGGGUUCUCCACCGCCGCCUAUCCUCAAAACUUAUAAGUAUCUCCAAUCACGAGAGGACUUUGAGGCUCUUCCUCACUUGAUAGUGGUGCCUGGUACUCUCAGAGCACAAUGGGUGCAAGAGAUCCGGACACUUUUCAAGCCCAACAGCGUUGACAUCCUUAUCUACGACUGCGGAAAGUCUGGCAAUAGUAGUUUCUGGGGUCCAUCUGGUCCAUUUCAGGCUUCGAAGCAGCCGCGUCAAAACAUCAUUGUGCUCACUACCCAUACUUCAAUUAGGCACGACUUCCAAAAGGUAUAUGGCCCUCUACCUAAGAAACGCAAGCAUCCCUGGGAUAUGCCAGAGCUGCGCCGCGGGGCUCAGGUCCCGGAUACAAUAUUUGGGACUAGGUUCCUAUCAGUUGCCAUUGACGAGGCUCACGAAUUUAGGAAGGAAGGAGUGAAACACCUAGCUGCCCUUAGACUGACUCAGCAGGCUUCUUUGAAGUUGAUUUUGACGGGAACACCUCUCCACACUUCUCACAAAGACAUCGUGUCUUUGGCAAGACUGGUUGGAGUGCCGCACUUCUUUACCGAGGAUUCACUUGAUCAAGGAAGACAAGACGCAAGCGACUUGAGUAGGGCGAAGAAGCAGGAUUCGAAGGCGACGGAGGAAGAGGUGCUGUCAGGCUUGCUAGCCUUGCCAAAAGUACAAGUCGAAGUUGUGCGAAGAAUGCAGACGCAGGUGAAACCUAAUAUUCUCCGGAGAACGACGGACACCCGCAAUUGGGCAGGGAACAGCCUCCUUAACCUCCCGCCGCACAGAGAUAUAAUUGGCGUUCUCAACUUAACCGCGCGCGAGCUAAAGAUAAUUGAAGAACGGGCAGAAGCAUCAAAGAUGAAUGCGAAUACUGAAAAUGAGAGCGGAUUCGUUACCACUAACUUCUACAUCGACUAUCGGAAAGACGUUGGCUAUGCAAAGGAGAAUCCGGACGCUCCCAAUCCAACUUUCAAAACGCUUGAGGAAUGGGAAGAGAAGAAGUCGACUAAGAUGGAUUGCUUGGCUAAAGUUGUACGCCACUAUCUCUCGCACGACAAUAUUGCGGACGUCCAGUUCGUUGAUGGUGCACCCAUAUUCCCUCCACCUCCUUCUGUUCCGCUAUCUCAAAGUUCUCCAAGAAAUCGCAAGAUAGUCAUAUAUGCGGCAUUCCCAUCUAUGACACCAAUCCUUCUCAACGUGUUGAAUCUCUAUGGCAUCGACUGCCUUCACAUAGAUGGACAGACCCCUUUGGACAAACGAGCGGCUAUCGUUGACAAAUUUAAUGAUCCAAAUGGUCCUCGCGUCUUUAUAUUCUCCUCAGUCGGCGGAACUGGUCUCAACUUGUCUGCAGCAGACAUUGUUAUUUUCUUCGACCAAACAUGGAGCUCCCAAGAUGAACGUCAGAUUCGUGGACGUGCUCACCGUCAACCUCAAAGAAAGGUAGUGAUAGUUAUUCACCUGUUGGCGAAUGACACAACAGACAUUUUGAUGAAUAAUAUGGCAAGCCAAAAGAGAGACAUGUUCGAGGCGUUUGUUAAUAAGGAUAUGGGAAAAGACUUGCAAAGUCUACUCAGCAGCCGGACCGUCCAUGACGCAGAGCCUCUGGAUCAACCUGACGUUGAAGACGGGUUGGAAUUCAAGUCUAAACGCAGGACAUCCCGAAGGCUCAAAAAGGAUAAGGAAGGAGUAUCAGUCUCUAAGAAAGCUGAAGAAGGGCGUUCUGGACCUGCGGAUGGAGCAGAUGCUACAAUGACCAGUCGCUCCAAAGCGGCCACCACCAGAGCCACCACCAGCGCUCCAACUACAGACGCUUCCUCUGCCAACCACACAGACAAAGCCAUCUCCAAGGGCACUUCCACCGCGAUAGCCACAGCAGCCGCAACAGCCGCUACCAACGCUACCACCACCGCUACCACCGCUACCACCUCUACCACUACCACAGGUGUUGAGAUGGAUAUGGAGAUGGACGGCGAAUGGUCCAUGAGAGGUGAACAGGGAGAUAAGUCCGGAUUGUCAUCUGAUGGAGAUAUGGAUUUGUUUGGAGCCAUAUCGGAUCAAGACUAUGCCUCUUCUGAAGGCGGUCACGGUAUUACUCAAGAUGGUGACGAAGAACCUGCAGGCCUUGUUCAAGCUAUGGGAAGCUCAAGAGUGGAUGAAGAUGACGAUCUUUUUGGUUCCUCAGCUUCCCCCCCUCGGCACAAAGCUAUUAUCUACCCUCCUAAUACAGAAACAGUAGAUGGUCCUCUCUAUGAGAACCUGGUACCCUAUUCCAGCUCACCAGCUCCUGAGUCUCCUGUCUCUGAACAACCUGCUGAACCUGCUCAGCGUACGAAGUUACCGCAAAUGGGAAAUUCAAGGGCAGCUACCACUCGCCAAUUAUCGACCACUCAGAAGAGGUUAAAAGAGUUCCAAAGGAAACUCCUUGCCAGCGCUGAAGAACCGAUGGAAGCUCAACCUGGGCCUUCCAACUUAGCCAUGAUUACAAAAACAACCUCACCUUCUACAAGCACGGAGCGGUCAACUCAGCAUGAACGUACGUCCAAGAAGAAAAGAAAGCAGAAUGAUACAGUAUCUCCCAAUUCUGCUCUACGAGAAUCCAAACGCCUUACCAUCGCAACGCCCGGUUCUAUUACUGGUUCUAACUCAAAAUCUUCAGCCAAGAGUGAUCUUAACAUUGCCGGUAGUUCCUACAGUCAAAUGACACACAGCGAAUCCUGUGGGAAGGCUGAUGCAACAUCCCGUCCAUUACUGGUAAGAAACCCAAUGAUGGAUGCGAGGAGGGUUUCUGAAUCUAUGCGAGUUGGCGCUUCAGGCCCAACCAGAGCGCACGUCCUUGGGGCAUCUGGCGCUAGACAGAACGCAUUGUCUCAUAGACCCCAGGAUUUACAGAAACGUCGCGGUUUGCCUUAUAACAUUCCGAGCUACAGAAAGUCUUCCAAGGUCUUAGAAGAAGACGUUGACUUGGAUUUGGAUGACGAGGAUAUAGGGACUAGUAAGGGACUGAACGAUUACAGAAGGAAAUAG